UCAGACUUCUCCAUACGUUUAAUUUUUCAUAUAGCUGUGUUAGGUUACGUUGCCAUAAAUAUAUUGACGAGAAAUAACAUGGCAAGAAAAUAUCCAUCAGAUCGCCUCGAAGACGUAUUUCAGGAAGAGAUCGUCCAAGCCUUUUCUAAAAUCGUCAAUUUUAAAAGAUUCGCUCGUUCCAGCGCUGGGCUGUGUUUGGAUCAACACGAGAUUGAUCACAUCGUCGAAGACCAUGGAGAAUCGGCUGAAGAGCAAAAAAUGCAAAUGCUGAUGAAGUGGCAGCAAAAUUUCGGUUCUGCGGCAACAGUUACAAAAAUUCGAGCUAUCGUUCGUGGAUACAAAGCCGGCGAUUCGAACAAAGAAUAUAUCAAUGUCGACGGAGUGUACAGAGCAUUCGGUAAUCGGCCAUUGUGUGGGAGAAGACAUGUUUAUCGUGGAGAGCAGAUGAGCGAGGUAACUCCCAGACCUGUGGCGAUCAAAUUCCUCGAUUUCAACGAACGUAACCUGCAGGAGGCCAAGGUUCUUCUGAAGCUGGCUCUUCAUCCAAAUGUUGUUUCCCUCAUUCAUUCCGACGUGUAUUACGAUGAUACAUUCGGUAAAAGAAUGUUCAUUGUUAUGGAACUUUGCGACGGGGGAAAUCUCACUGAUUUCCUACAAAAUCGAGAAAAAAUGCGCGUUCCAUUUGACGACAACCUGGCGAUAUCGUUCGCACAGCAGUUGCUCCAGGGGUAUCGCGCGCGCUGGUAG